AUGAAUGACCCUAUUGAUUCUAUUGUAAGGGAUGAAAGUGAAAAACUAUGGAAAGUAAAAUUAACAUUAGCUGAUAAUACAGAUAAUGAUAUAGAACAAUAUUCAAAACAUUUCGAUAAAGAAACCAUUGAUAAAAAU